AUGCGUCAAAAGAGAGCCAAGUCUUACAGAAAGCAGAUGUUGGUGUACAACCACACCUUCAAGUUUAGACAGCCAUACCAAGUCUUGGUGGACGACCAGCUGGUAUUGGAGACAUUCAACUCGUCAUUCGACCUGGUAAAGGGUUUGAAGAGGACUCUACAGGCGGAAGUGAAGCCGAUGAUUACACAAUGUUGCAUGCAGCAAUUGUACGAGAGUCGGAACCAGGGCGCGAUCGACGCAGCUAAGGAGUUCGAGAGACGUCGUUGUAACCACAACCCGAAGGAUCCCAAGAGCGCUGAAGAGUGUCUCUUGAGUGUGGUGAACGUCAAUGGUAAGAACAAGCAUAGGUACGUGGUGGCUACUCAGGAUGUGGAGAUUCGCCGGAAAUUGCGUAAGGUGCCUGGUGUUCCUCUGGUAUAUAUGAACCGGUCAGUGAUGGUGAUGGAGCCUCUCAGUACGGCCAGUGAGAAGGUAAGUCAGGAAGUGGAGAAUGCGAAGUUGUACAAGGGACUAAACGAUGCGAAGUAUGCUGGGAUAGCGCACAACGAAGAAGAAGCGGAAGAAAAAGGUGACGGAUCGCAAGAGAACAAGCCCAAGAAGAGGAAAGGCCCCAAGGAGCCCAACCCAUUAAGUAUGAAGAAAAAGAAGAAGGUUGCAAGCACCUCCGGUAGUGGUGAGGCCGGCGACCACAAUGGCGACAGCAACACUGCAAGCAGUGCGAAUGGAGAGACUUCGUCUGCCAAGAGAAGAAGAAGAAGGCAUAGAAAGGCCAGUGAAGAAGCGGCAGCUGCAGAAGCAGCUCAAGCAGCUCAAGAAGCGGCAGCUACUGCUACUGCUGACCAGAGUUAA